CCAAUCAGUUCCAAUUCCGCACGCGAGCUGUCGAGAUGCAAUGUGUUUUGGUGUCCGUAAAGAUCGUUCUUAGCCGCGAAUUCAAACCGUAAACGCAAAUAACGCGAACAAAUAUUAAAUUAAUCAACGAAUCGAAAACGAACGGACAAAAAUUACAGCGUGUGCUUAUCAAUAAUAUAGUCAAGAAAUUGAAUUCUCGUAUUUUUGUCGAUUCAAUUAUUGAAGCGUGAUAAUAAAUCUACAUACAUAAAUUGCAGCAACGCAGUCGAUCUCAGAAUGCCCAGCGAAGAGCACUCCAAAAAGGUCAGCGCCAAGCUGCCCGGCCUGGGCGAUUUUCAAGUACAAAAGGCAACCGAUGCCAACACUCAAGCAGAGCGUAAAUACACCUACUUUGACCUGUUUCGGUAUUCCACAUGUGGGGAGCGUUUUCUGCUCGCACUUAGCAUGAUUGUGGCCACAUUGGCUUCCAUAUUCAUACCAUAUUUCAUCCUAAUCUACGGAGAAUUUACAUCCCUGCUCAUUGAUCGGACUGUCGGAAAAGGCACCUCCUCUCCCACAUUUAUACUCGCCCUUUUUGGUGGCGGACAACGACUCACCGAUGCCAGCGAGGAGGAGAACAAGCAGGCCAUCAUUGAUGACUCAAUUGCCUUUGGCAUUGGCAGUUUAGUUGGAUCUGUGAUUAUGUUUAUACUCAUCAUCAUUGCCAUCGAUGUUUCCAAUCGUGUGGCGCUCAAUCAAAUCAAUCGCAUACGCAAACUCUUCUUGGAGGCCAUCCUGCGACAGGAUAUGUCCUGGUAUGACACCUCUUCCGGCACCAACUUUGCCAGCAAAAUGACAGAAGAUCUGGAUAAGGUCAAAGAAGGCAUCGGCGAAAAGGUGGCCAUUGUGACUUUCCUGAUCAUGACUUUCGUCAUGGGAGUUAUAGCAUCGUUUAUCUAUGGCUGGAAGCUCACACUCGUUGUGCUAAGCUGCAGUCCCUUCAUUAUGGUAGCCACCGCCAUGGUGGCCAAGAUCCAAAGUUCGCUGGCCGAGAAGGAGCUCAAAGCCUACUCCGAUGCUGGAGGUGUGGCUGAGGAGGUCUUCAGUGGUAUUCGCACAGUGCUCGCUUUUAGUGGCGAACGCAAAGAGAACGAACGAUUUGCCAAGCUCCUCGUUCCCGCUGAGGUCACGGGUACAAAGAAGGGUCUCUACUCGGGUAUCGGAGCUGGUGUCAUGUGGCUGCUCAUCUACAUCUGCAUGGCCAUUGCCAUUUGGUAUGGCGUCGACUUGAUCCUCGAUGAUCGCGACCUGGAUGACCGUCAGUAUACUCCGGCCGUCUUGGUCAUUGUCCUGUUUGCCAUCAUUAUGGGAGCUCAGAACUUGGGCUUCUCUUCACCCCAUGUGGACUCUUUUGGCGUGGCUUUAGGCGCUGCACGCAAUCUCUUCAAAAUCAUCGAUCGCGUGUCUGAAAUCGAUCCCAUGUCUGACGUUGGCAGCAAGCCAGACAGCAUAACGGGACGUCUGCGCUUCGAGGACAUACACUUCCGAUAUCCUUCUCGGCCGGAUAUUGAGAUCCUUAAGGGUCUCACUGUGGAUGUGGAACCUGGACAAACGGUCGCCUUUGUUGGUGCCUCCGGCUGUGGCAAGAGCACCGUCAUUCAGUUGAUGCAACGCUUCUACGAUCCCGAACAAGGUCAGGUUAAGUUGGAUGGUCGCGAUCUGCGUUCCCUCAACGUUGCCUGGCUGCGCUCUCAGAUCGGUGUUGUGGGUCAGGAACCGGUUUUGUUUGCCACAACCAUUGGUGAGAACAUACGCUAUGGUAAUCCCCAGGCCACCCAACAGGAUAUCGAACGUGCUGCACGAAAUGCCAAUUGCCAUGAGUUCAUCAGCAAACUGCCCAAGGGCUACGAUACCAAAGUGGGCGAAAGGGGUGCCCAGAUGUCGGGGGGACAGAAACAGCGCAUUGCCAUUGCCCGAGCUUUGGUACGUAAUCCGAAGAUCCUGCUGCUGGACGAGGCGACAUCCGCAUUGGACCCCACCUCCGAGAAACGAGUGCAAGACGCACUGGAGCUGGCCAGCCAGGGACCAACCACCCUUGUGGUUGCACACCGUCUAUCGACUGUGACUAAUGCCGAUAAAAUUGUGUUUGUCAAGGACGGCGUCGUGGCUGAGCAGGGCACCCAUGACGAGCUGAUGGACAAGGGUGGUUUAUACUGUGAGCUGGUGAACAUCACCAAGCGCAAGGAGGCCACCGAGGGUGCGGACGAGGACGGUGCUGCUGGCAAGUUGGCACUAUCAAAGCGCAACGAGCAGGAUAUUGUGAAUGUGCAAGACGAUGAGACCGACGAGGAUGGUGAUGAGGAUGACGAAGACGACGAUGGGGUGAAUCCAGCAUAUACGGCAAGCGACAGCAAGGAUGACGUGUUCAGCGUGAGCUCACGUGGCAAACGCCGCUCACAGCGUCGCAAGAAGAAGAACAAGGUGGAGGAGCCAACGAUCACUUUUAUGCAGCUCAUGAAACUGAAUGCACCCGAAUGGCGCUACAUCGUCUGGGGCUGCAUUGCAGCUGCCAUGCACGGCAUAACCUUCCCCCUCUGGGGUCUCUUCUUCGGUGACUUCUUUGGCAUACUGUCGAAUGGCGAUCCGGAUGUUGUACGUCACGAGGGAAACAACAUCUCGUACAUCUUCAUUGGCAUCGGAUUGAUGGCUGGACUGGGAACCAUGCUGCAGAGCUAUUUGUUUACCACGGCGGGCGUGAAGAUGACAAGUCGUUUGCGGCAAACAGCAUUCAAGACCAUUAUGUCCCAGGAGAUUGCGUUCUUUGAUGAUGACAAGAAUUCCGUUGGCGCUCUCUGCGCUCGUCUCGCUGGCGAUUGCUCUAACGUUCAGGGGGCAACCGGUGCUCGUGUGGGCAUCAUGCUGCAGGCCGUGGUCACCCUUUUGGUGGGCAUGAUUGUGGGUUUCGUCUUCUCGUGGCAGCAAACACUGCUGACCAUUGUCACACUGCCGUUCCUCUGCCUUUCCGUGUAUCUGGAGGGUCGCUUUAUUGCUAAGAGCGUGCAGUGGUCCAAGAAGGCCAUUGAGGAUGCUUCCCAGGUGGCUGUCGAAGCCAUUUCCAACAUCCGCACUGUCAACGGCUUGGGACUAGAAGAACAGGUGUUGGAGCGUUACACAAAGCAGAUCGAUCAGGUGGAUCUCGCCUGUCGCAAAAAGGUGCGCUUCCGUGGUCUGGUCUUUGCCCUCGGUCAGACGGCUCCGUUCCUUGCCUACGGCGUGUCGCUUUACUAUGGUGGCAUGCUCAUUGCCAACGAUGGUCUGCCCUACGAGGAUGUCAUCAAGGUGGCCGAGGCGCUCAUUUUUGGCUCCUGGAUGUUGGGUCAGGCCUUAGCCUAUGCGCCCAAUGUCAACGAUGCCAUCAUCUCGGCUGGACGUCUAAUGAAACUGUUCGAGAAGACGCCGACGCAAUCCAAUCCGCCUCUCAAUCCCUACAACACCGCAGAAAAAUCCGAGGGCGACAUUGUCUACGAGAACGUUAAAUUUGAGUAUCCGACGCGCAAGGAUACACCCAUCCUGCACGGCCUGAAUCUCACGAUCAAGAAGAACACCACUGUGGCUCUGGUGGGUCCCUCUGGCUCUGGCAAAUCCACUUGCAUACAGCUGCUGCUGCGUUACUACGAUCCCAUCUCUGGUUCGGUUAAUUUGAGUGGUGUUCCCAGCACGGACUUCCCGCUGGACACGAUACGCUCCAAACUGGGAUUAGUUUCUCAGGAGCCGGUGCUCUUCGAUCGCACCAUAGCCGAGAAUAUUGCAUAUGGCAACAAUUUCCGCGAUGAUGUGCCCAUGCAGGAAAUCAUCGAGGCGGCCAAGAAGGCAAACAUACACAACUUUGUGAGCUCCCUGCCACAGGGUUACGAGACACGUCUGGGCAAGACGUCACAGCUGUCGGGUGGCCAAAAGCAGCGCAUUGCCAUUGCACGAGCGCUGGUGCGCAAUCCCAAGAUUCUGAUAUUGGAUGAGGCGACAUCGGCGCUGGAUUUGGAGAGCGAGAAGGUGGUGCAACAGGCACUCGACGAGGCGCGCGCUGGACGCACAUGUGUCACGAUUGCACAUCGCCUCAGCACUGUCCGAGAUGCAGAUCUGAUAUGUGUGCUGAAGAGGGGCGUUGUGGUGGAGCAGGGUACACAUGAUCAUCUGAUGGCACUGAAUGGCAUCUAUGCCAAUCUCUAUAUGAUGCAACAGGUUGCCAGUUAGGCUCUAUGUUGUUUAACUUAAUUAGUUUGUAGUUCUAUUUGUUGUACAUCGAUUAAAGCUCUAUUUUAUAAUGAUUUAA